CCGUUAGCCUGUUAGCCGCUAACAGCGCGACCCACUGCGGAUCGGAGAAAUACUGAGAGCCGUGUCGGAGAGAGCCGAAACGGAGCCGAAACCCCGUGGAGACAUGACUCCACAGCCUGGAAACCCGUAUAAGCCGUUAUCGAUCCGAUAAAGCAUUGAAGCACUGCGCUCGGAUUCGGUUAGACAGCGGCUCUCAGUCGGAGGGAGAGUUAGCAUUAGCGUUAGCAUCCAGCUAGCUGCGGUGCUGUGGCGUUAGCAUUAGCCAAGCCGCUAACUGCCCCGCUUUUUGCCGACACAGCGCGGAUGAGAAACGCGGACUGAACUCGUCGGGCUGUGAAACGUCGCGGCCGCUCAUUAAAACUCGGCUCAUCAUCAACAUCAGCAUUAUCGUCACAGGCGGCUGCAGCACUUAUGAAGAAUGACUGUGUGUGCGCUGCUGGGGAAUGAGUCAGGAACCCUGAUGGCUGGAUCUGGGCAUCAAAUGGUCCUCUGAAGAAGCCAUGGGAAGCUGCUGGAGCUGUCCAGACAGAGAGUCAAUUCCUGACAAUCACCAGAGUAAAUUUAAGGUGGUUAAUGUGGAUGAUGACGGGAAUGAGCUGGGUGCUGGAAUCAUGGAGCUGACUGAAGAGGAGCUGGUCCUCCGCACACACAAGUGUGACGCAGUCAGGUGGCCUUACCUGUGCCUGCGUCGCUAUGGUUACGACUCCAACCUCUUCUCCUUUGAGAGUGGCCGCCGCUGCCAAACUGGGCAAGGGAUCUUUGCCUUUAAGUGUGCGCGAGCGGAGGAAAUCUUCAACAUGCUGCAGGACAUCAUGCACAACAACAGCAUCAGCGUGGUGGAGGAACCCGUGUUUGAGCCGGCGCUCACACACACCGAGCCGGACCCUCCGCUCACCCCACGCACUCCCACCAGUACCGCUCUUCCUGCCUUACCGAACGGGAGCCUGCGGUACCCGUCUCUGGGAGACGCCUCCUCUCACCCCUCCAGCAGACACCCGUCAGUGGGCAGUACCCGCCUGCCCUCAGUGGGAGAGGAGUCCACACACCCACUGCUGCUGCCGGACGACUCCGUGCGGGGCCACACGUAUGUGAACACGACGGGUCUGCUGGAGGAUCAGCACGGUGCUUUAGAUGCCCCCCCACCCCGCAGCCCCCCUGCAGUGGAGGGGGACGAGGAUUUGCAGGCUCCGGAGCCAGGCCCACGGGUCCAGCUGGAGGUGGAGGGAGCCCGCUUCGUCCUCGGCCCCACACCUGUCCAGAGGCAGCUGAUGGCCCGGGAGAGGCAGCAGGAGGCCGGCCGGGCGAGCGAGGGUGCAGCCAGGCCCGCCCAGAACGCUGUUGCUAACACUAACGCUAACGGUACAGUGGCGCCUCCGCCCAGGCCGGGCACGGCAGAACCGGACAGCACCACAUUUAAAAAAGAGAGUGGCCGGUUGGACGAUGCUCCAGAUCAAUUGAACGGUCCUGUUCCCGUUCCUGUUCCCGUUCACGUUCCUGUCCCGGCCAUGUACGGUCCGUCCCGCCGCAGGACGCGUCCGCCACCUCUCAGUCCCGAUGCCAAUGUCAACAACUCAGCCCAGCGUAGAACAGCCCUGCUGGACUACGAGAACCUGCCAGCACUGCCGCCGCUCCGAGAGGACCCGAAGGCCGGCUCCGAGGAAGAGGACGAGUCCCUACGGUCCACGAAGCAUCCGCAGCCGCUCAACGGCUUCACACACAACCACCGGGGGCAGUGCAGCCCGGAUGCCGCCCACCUCUACAUAAACACAGAGAACGUCACGGCGCCCCCUAGCUCGGGGAAGUUGGAGUCGGCCCGCUGGCGCGAUCGCUCCGCCCCCAGCGUCUUCAGCUUCGACUUCCGCCGGCCCUGCGAGCCGCACGCCCUCAACUACAUAGAGGUGGAGACGGAACCUGACAGGGAGCGAGAGAGGGGGUCGGACUCAAGCGCCCCGCAGACCCCCAAAACCCCAACGUCUCCCCUCCCGCAGACACCCACGCGCCGCACCGAAUUGUACGCCGUGAUCGACGUGGAGCGGACGGCUGCCAUGUCCAGCCUGCAGAAAGCACUGCCACGUUACGACGGUACCUCCAGGAAAACGCGCCACAACAGCGUGGACCUGCCCAUGUGAGCCCCCCCCGCCAAACCUACCCUCCCAUCCCUCGACACUCUGUUCCCUCUGAGGCAGGGUCAUCAGGGUCGCUUUGGAGGGCGAAAGCUUCCAGCGCGGUUUGGUGAUUUCACUACUCUGAUACACCGACUAGGGCUGCACAGUAUAUCACAGAAUAUAACACUAUAUACUCUAAACACGACGGGGAAACAAAACCUCCCUUUACGUUAUUUUCAUAAACGGUUAGGAGAUCCUGCUGUAUUGGCUAUUCUGUAGCAUUGCGUCAUUUACAGGAAUAGUCCAAUCAUACAUGCAUUUUUGACUGGAAACAGUCACACGGUUAUUGGAAUCGGAAACGGUACGAUUAUUGGAGUUUUAGGUUGUCGUUUGUUAUUCAGUGUGAUGUCGGCCUUUGAAAUAGAUAUUACAAAAGACUUUGGUAUGAAAAUGAGCUCCCUGAUCAACAUAUUAGAAUCAUUUCAUGCAUGUGUAACAAAAGUGGUUUUAUAUCAUUGAAAACAGUGACUCCAAACUUUUAAAUGGUGAUCUUUGCAACACAGAUGUGCAGAUGAGCUCCAGGCACUGCCUGUAUCUCAAACCUGGAUGAGUUUCUGGUGCAUUCACGUGAUCCUGCACAUGUAAAGAAGCAUUAAUCUGGCUUCGCCUACGUCACAUCCAGGGUUGUAAUAUAUUGCAAGAUGCAUUGCAGUCACAGUUGUCCACUGCUGUUCAAGUGUGGAGUCAUCGUCCUGUUGGUAGUUGUUACUGAAAUGGUGUAGACCACCAAGCAAACAGCAUUAAAGCACUUCAUCAUUUUAAAAUGAUCAUUUAGCCACGUCGGGAGUUUUUCACACCACAUCGCACGUCUUUAAAUAUUUUUUGCACAGACUCAGAAGGUCCAGCUCGAUGUUCAGGUCUCAAAUGAGCUCAGGAUCAACAUCAUACUGAUAAAGAUGUGACAACAGUAUAAUUGACUCAUCCUCAGAGACGCUCCUUCACCAAGUUUAGACUAGAGUUUAGAGUCCUCUGAAUUAUCAGCUUCAUCUGCUUGGCAAAGGGGUACCCGUGUUUCAUACAGUUACACACCUCCACCAGAGAUGGCUCCAAAUCCCCUAAACUUACAUGGUACAGCUAUAGCUAUUAAAUAAAGCUAUUCAGAUUAAAGCUGCUAACAGUUUCUUGUUACAAAAUAACUAUGAAUAGCUCAGAUUGUCACCCUUUUUGAAAUAUAAGGCAUCAAACCUUCACUCAGCUGUACUUCUUCCCAUUCAUCAUCGAGUCUUAGUUUUCACAGCUACAGAUUGUUUAGCAUCAUCAAAUCAUUUUCUCUGUGUUUCUGCAACAAAAUUCAUCAUUGUAAACAACAUUUAAAUGGCAGUGUGGCUGCAGUAGGUGGCACUGUGCAGCACGAACAGUUGAGUAAAUUUAGGUGUAUCAGAGCAGCAAAGUUCACCGGACUGCACUGGACCGAAGCCCUCCAGGACCGAGACUGAUGACGUCUGGUCUGAUGAGCUCAUUUGAAGAGGAAGCAGCUGGUCAGAAUAUCACUCUGCUUGUAUCGGAGGGAACAUUGCGCCCGCCCCGCCCCACCCCGCCCCACCCCACGCUGCACCUUUUUAUAUAAAUAAACUGUUUAUAAACUCCAAAGGCAGGUGGGCUCACACUCACGAAUGUCAGCUUUUUCAGAACACCUGUAGAACCUUUUUUUGACAUAGUUGGACGAGUCGCUCUGUGAGAGGUGCAGGCCGACGGACGGCGCGGCUUCGCCACACACAAUCAUUUUAUUCCUAUGGUAAUAUAACUACUACUCCCCUUACACUCAUUUUCCAGUGCCUGUGUAUUGUGGUUUUAUUAUGUUAAUAACAAGGUUGGACUACAGUCCUUGUCCAUUUCAUACAAAUCAGUAUUACUGAUCAAAGCAUUCCUGUUUGUUUUCAGUUGUUUUGUUUUUCCUUUAUAUUGAAAUGACACUACAGGUUGUUGUAAUAUCAAUAUCCAGGGACGUUACGGUACACUACAGCUGCAAUUUCUCUCUGACUGCAUAUAGAUUUCACUACUCAGCACAAUAAAAGUCUAUUUUGUUUGAUUCAUA